GAACGAGGGGGCGGAGCUUUCUCCCAGACAGGCGGAAGCUAGCGAUGUUUCGGUUUUGUUGUUACCGGAUUCGAGUUACAAAAACAAACAGUACCGUGUAAAGUUGAGCUUUUGGGUUAGAUGCGGCCCUGUUAGCGCAAACCAACUGCGUUUGAACGGAGAGCAGGGGAGCAGCCGGAACAGUCAGAGUCAUGUCUGCUAAAAUACAACAACAAGCCAGGGGUAAAGACAGCGGCGAACUGAUCAAAAACCACCACAAGCAGGCGUUUGAGUUUAUAUCGAAGGCACUGAGGAUCGACGAAGACGACACAGGAGAGAAGGGAGAUGCUGUGCCGUGGUACAAGAAGGGGAUUGCUGAGCUAGAAAGGGGCAUUGCUGUGGAGAUAACUGUCCAAGGAGAACAGUAUGAUCGAGCUAAGAGACUACAGGAUAAAAUGGUAGCCAAUCUUACCAUGGCUAGAGACAGGCUGGCUUUGUUGGAGAAGACGUUGGCUUCUAAAAAGAAGAGCAGUCCACCUCCAGCCACUGGUUUGUCUCAAACUAAACCCAAAAGCAGCACUUCAUCAGCAGGAGGAUCCACAAACUUCAAGCCCUCUUCUGUCGCUAGACCCCAAUCCAGAACCACUGACUCAAAGGAUGUUUCCCGAACAGGAAGAACUCAGAACGGAAGACCCACUGUGAAACAGCAGCCAAAGAGGGACAUGAAGAACUUCAAGAACGUGGACAGCAAACUGGCCAAUUUGAUCAUGAAUGAAAUAGUGGAUCGGGGCUCGUCGGUUUGUUUCGAUGACAUCGCAGGUCAGGCUCGGGCUAAACAAGCUCUCCAGGAAAUUGUCAUCCUUCCCGCCUUGAGGCCAGAGCUGUUUACUGGCCUGAGAGCGCCCGCCCGGGGUCUGCUUUUGUUUGGCCCACCGGGGAAUGGGAAAACCAUGCUGGCCAAAGCGGUCGCUGCAGAGUCGAACGCCACAUUCUUCAAUAUAAGUGCCGCCAGUUUAACAUCGAAAUAUGUGGGAGAAGGAGAGAAGCUUGUACGAGCGCUUUUUGCAGUUGCCAGAGAACUACAGCCUUCUGUCAUAUUUAUCGAUGAAGUAGACAGCUUGCUCUGUGAGAGGAGGGAAGGGGAGCACGACGCCUCCCGCCGCUUAAAAACCGAGUUCCUGAUCGAGUUUGAUGGGGUUCAGUCCGGGGGGGACGACAGGGUUCUGGUGAUGGGAGCAACCAACAGGCCGCAGGAGCUGGACGAAGCAAUUUUAAGGCGUUUUGCAAAAAGGAUUUAUGUGUCUUUACCAGAUGAAAAGACGAGAUUCACGCUGCUCAAAAACCUUCUGGGGAAACACGGGAAUCCGUUGGGAACCAACGACAUCACUUACCUUUCAAAAGUGACGGCGGGAUUUUCAGGAAGCGACCUGACAUCGUUGGCGAAGGACGCGGCGCUCGGCCCCAUCAGAGAAUUGGGCCCAGACCAAGUACGAAACAUGUCUGCUAGCGAGGUGAGAAACAUUCAGAAGAAAGACUUUGAAGAUUCUCUGAAGAGAAUCAAGCCCACCGUUAGCCCUGCCACUCUGGACAUGUACGCCAAAUGGAAUAAAGAGUUCGGCGAUACGUCAUCUUUGUGAGCCGGAGACGACGCAGCAUGAAUAUUUCUGGGAGAAAUAUUCUUCUUAGGCCGUGUGAAUAAUGUGAAAACAGCACUAUAAAAAUAAUUUCCCCCUUCCUAUGGAAAGAUUUUUUUCUAGUUCUCCUAUUCUUUUUUUUUUUGCCUGACUUCUCUUUUGUUCUGUGAAAAACGAUUGUUCAUCCUGUCAUUCCUGCUUUUCCCAAAAGAGGGAAGCACGUUUCUGUAGGUCCCUGCCUUUCUGUAGCUAAGGGCACAUUGAUGGGAAUGUUCAACAAGUGCUUUCUAAAACUGGGGCUGGCUAAAAAGUGAUAAUUGGGAGAAUUGUUUCCAAAGUUUGUGUGUUUGUUUUUAAUUUAUUUUUCCUAAUGAGUGAGGAAAAGGUUUUCAUUUGCAAAAGUAGAUCUAGGUGCCCAGAACAGACACUUGAAUGCAUUUCUAUUGAAAGUUUGGAGUUUUAUUUUCCUUUUUAGAGUUGACGACUUUUCAUGAAACCAAUAAAGGUUCUGAGGGCGUCAUUGUUCAUCA